CACGAGGAUCAAAAAUGAAACGAAAGUAGUCUCCCCCGUCCUCGCAACAUCGUUCGGUAGCUUACACCUCAUUUUCUAGCGCAGCAAAUAAAAUGCCGCAACUUCUUCUACCCGGCGGUUGUACUACUGCAGCUUCCCUCCCCCCCGACCAAGAUUUGCUAAAAGUAUCCGUCGAGCGGGAGUUUCAGGCGUUUUACGGAUUCCAGACGACCUCUGACGCCGAUCGGGAACUGCUUUUCUUCGAGGAGAAAUUGGCAAUCCAAGUGGAAACGCCCCUGGUCUUGGUGUCUCAUAUAGGGUUCGGCGGGUUGGUGGUUUUUGAGGCGAAGCAGAACUACAGUGGUGUUUCUGAGCAUUCGCCUACAAAUAGUGCCGCGGGUCCUCGUGCUGGUGUGGUCACCGCCGUGCAGGCCAGGGUCGUGUGGGAAGUGAGGUAAGUAGGGUUUUUUCGGUGUAUUCAAUCGAAAAGUGAUGAGAUGUUCAUGUAGUGGGAUAUACAGUCCUCCUGUGCCUGUCUGAACAACAUUAUGAUGUCGCCUCUACUUGCAAAAGCAUACAUGGAGGACUUAUUGCGUCGAGCUCGGUCCUGCUUUCGUUCAUAGUACAGACGAAAUCGCCUAAACACGACCACGCUCAUCCUCAUCCUCAGGUGGUCGGGCUUUCCGGGUUUGACCCCCGAACUGUUUCUCCGCGCCGGCCUGAACCGAAAGCCACUACCCCGGGUGCUGACCACGGUGCUUGCGUACCUCUACGAGUUGCCAAAUGCUGUGCCGCUCGACGACACAAUAAUUUCAGCGGUCGGACUUGAAGAUGCCGGCAAUAUUAAAAGCGACCUACUUCCAAAACUCAGCCUCCCGAUGAAAGUGGGAUCAACAGCCAACGCUUCCUCCUCCGACCCCACGCCUAGAAGAUUAAUCUCCCCAGGGAAACAACAUCAAGGCCGGACAACGCCAACCUCUAGUUCUAGGAACAACAGAAAUCGACUGAGCCCAAGAACGGCUGCAGCGGCUCCCUCGCCCGGAGCAGGGGGAACGACACCCAUCCGGGGUGGUCGGUUGGGUGCAGUCACGCCUCCUCGAGGACAACAACUUCCCGGGAAUUCAUUUCACCACGACCGUCAACAACAUCAAUCUGGAGCAGGUGUGUUAUCUCCAAAUAGCACGGCGAAUCAGCAGCUGAGCACGACAAGUUCUCUACGAGCGGCUGCGCGGGCGAACAAAGAGCGGAUUUUGGCCAACGCGGGACCCGGGGGAGUGAUGGUCGCAGCUGCUGGUACACCAGACGGGAACAAAAUAUUGAACGGAGAGGACGGUAGUACGUCUACAGCGCUGCUGCGCAAUGUUGAGCACGGGCAAAAUUCUCCUUCCAAAACUGACCGUACAUCUGGACCUCCGGUGGCCUAUGUGAAAGCAGAGCCGGCGAAAGUCGUUGAUUUGAGCGUCCGAUUGGAACAACGGCUGGGGUCGAUAUUUAUCGCGUCGCAACCAAUUACAACGACUUACCAAAACAAUGAAACAUCUGUAAAGAAAACUUCAGUGCCUCCGCGCUCUCAGACAAAGGGAAGAUUCUACCUUUACUACCUCGCCAUCGCUUUUUGCGGGCUCUUUGUCCGGUGCCAAAUCGCCCAGAAUCCACACUCGGGGGAAGGACAGUACCCGAAAUUCGGCGACUUCGAAGCACAACGGCAUUGGGUGGAGAUUACCAACCACAUACCGAUGUCAGACUGGUACUUUGGGGACUACAAGUACAACGAGUUGGAUUAUUGGGGCCUGGAUUACCCACCUCUGACCAUGUACCACGCCUGGCUGAUUGGGAAAUUUUACUACUUGUUGAAAUCCGUGCGUUUUUCCAACUGGCUCCUCGAGUUUUUCAGUGAGAAUACGUUGGAGAUGCAAAACGCAGCAUCUUCUUCGGGGAGGUCGUUUUACGGCGGAUCGUCCUCAGCCCCCUCUGGUGCAGUCGCUGAAGAUUGGUUUGCGCGGUACCAUAGCAAGUGCAAAUAUGUCUGGGUCUGAAAGAAUACAAACUUGUGAUGCGCAUUUCAGAACACAGAAAAAUUUCUAAUGCAUAGGCAGCAAAACAGGUUUCCCACUUUCUGUCACCAAAAUGAGGCAUUUGUCAUUCGGAUUCGGCAUUGCGGAAGCCCCUCGAAACCUGUGAUGCUAGAGCUUCCAUGCCAGACCUCCCGCGUCAUGCAAAAACAGCGUGACUCUUCCAGACCCAGACAUUUUUGCAUUCGAUAUACCAUUCCAGAGGAAACGAAGAUUGCAAAAUCUUUAUGCGCUUCAUGGUCUUACUCACCGACUUUCUCAUCUUUGGGACCGCGUGCUAUUAUUACUGCGAGAAAGUUUUGAAAAACGAGACAUUGCUGUUUGGGGGUGCGGUCGGUUCUUCGGGAAAUAAAAGCACUAGUAAUAAUGUCCUGAGCAAGUUCCGUCUCCUGUUUUUCGCUUUCCUCUACAACAGUCCAAGCAUUAUCUUCAUCGACCAUGGGCACUUCCAGUUUAACACAAUCGCGCUGGGCUUGGUGCUCUGGGCGGUAAACUUGAUUUACUUCGGGAGAAAAUUGGCGGGGUCGGUUUUGUUUGUUCUCGCGCUUUUCUACAAACAAACCAUGCUUUAUUUCGCGCCCGCGUUCUUCUUUUACCUAUUGGGGGAGGCGUGCAGCGGACUCGGAUCAACAACAUCUUCGGCAGGAAAUGAUUAUAGACCUUCAUCUGCAAGCGCAAGGGAUGAACAAGGUGUAGAUAUCGGCACUGCUGUGAAGACCGAGAAACUCAUCUGCCAUGCGGACCGACACGCAGACCUGGGGUUCGGUUCACAAAAAGUGUUAUCCGCGUCCCCUUCUAGUUCUACUCGAAACGAACAAAAGAAGACCACGAUACACGAGUUCAUUGGUGAGGACGUCGAGGAAAGCAAUCUGCGGUCAACGGUGAAUGAGGACCACGUCGAGGAUGAAUUAGUAGAAACAGAUGCUGACGGGACGAGGAAAAAAGCGACUUUGAUUGUCAGAUCGUGGCAGAAAAAUAGUACUACAACCGCCACGACGAUGAAGAAUAAUUCCCCGAAGAACACAGCGACAAAAACAACAAAGCCGUCGACUUCAACCACGACUCUCAAGACCGUGCUCUUCAGCUUCACUUUCUACAAGAACCUUUUCCAACUCGGAGUCACCGUGCUGCUUACGUGCCUCGCCCUCCUCCUCCCCUUCCUCAUCCAACAAGACAACGGUGGACUGCAGCAGCUCGCGCAAAUCAAGAACCGGGUUUUUCCGUUCGGCCGGGGAAUCUUCGAAGACUACGUUUCCAAUCUUUGGGUUUUACUCUCGCCGGUUUUGAAACUCCGGGAGCUGAUAUGACAGCGCACAACUCCCCCUCCCCCUCAUUUGUCAUGCAAAAUACCCAAUCCACCCUUUGCCCCUUGGCACUGUUUGCGUGACAAGUUCUGGCAGCCUUAAUAGAACUACAAUCCAGCGCAAAUUUGUAAUGCAAAACCGACACUCUUGCUGAUGCUUGUAUUGCCGUUCAUGCUAUACAAAUGAGGGGGAGGGGGAGUUGUGCACUGUCAUAGCUGACCCGAGACGAAGAAUCCAUUUACGCGAAAGCAAGUUCAAUAUGCAUUGCAAAACCAAAAGUAACGUACUAGUAUAAUAAAGUGCAUUACAAAUUUUGGAAAGAAGAAAAGUGGAAUUUGUAAUGCUGUUUUACCUGCUUAGGAGGGAGAUUUGUCAUGCAUAUUUGCAAUUAGUACGAGUGCGAUACUUUUGCACAGCAUAUUCAAUUGGCGGCGCUACAAGCUCGCUUUUCGGACGAGGACCGAGUGGCGCUGAUUUUACCUACGCCGACGCAAGCGGAAUCCUGUCAGUCUCAGUGUCGAAAUUCCUCCACGGGGUUCUCCUCCUUUUCGAGACAACAAAACUCCUUUUUUUCGCGAUUUUCCACUUCCUCUACGGUACUCUCUAUCGGAAAGUCUUCCUCGACCAGUACCUCCCCGACAUCCAGACCUGCUACUAUCAGGCCGUUGCGCAGUCCGCGCGGGUGUCCAGCUCCUGGUUCGGGUCGGGUAAAACAGUGAGCGAAAACGUGUUACUCAAUGCUCUCGGAUCUUUGAUUCCCGACGAAUACGAACCGUUUUUGUUCGACUUACCGUAUUGCACGGUUACCAAGGGUAUUGAGGCGGUGAAUGAUUGUUUGCAGGAGGUUGUGGUAUUCACCGAACGGGAAGCGAUGCCGAUAGUGGAACCCGUGCUAGUACGUCUUCUACCAGAAAACCUUAUUAACCCUCUCAAGAGUACUAGCACGUCGCUGUUCGAGACCUUCUUCAGCAAUAAACGGCAGGUGAUUUUCCUGCUGUCGCUAACCUUAACCCUCUCCGGCGCCUUCGGCGGGUCGUUUGUGACGACGUUUUAUUCGAAAAAACACGGGUUCGGGGCGAAGAGCAACUUGAGGCAGUUUUUGAAAGCGCUGACAAUCAGCUCCUUGUCCUUCUUAUGGAUUGUAGAAAUGUCGGGGUCUGGAAACUUGUGACGCUGGGUGGCGUAUCAUGAAGAGGCCACAAGUGCUGGCUCAGCAUGACAAGCUUUCGAGCUUCUAGGUGUUGCCUAUUCUGCAUGACAAACUGCGUUAUGCAUGACAGCAAAAUGGGGCUCUUGGGUAACGUGCAUUACAGAUUUAAGAGUCAUGCCAGACUAGCGUGACAGUGACAGAUGUCGCAUUCUUCCAGACCCAGAUAUAUUUGCAGUUCAUACUUCUUUCUCUUCAGCUGGCAGGUGCACGAGAAAGCGGUUCUACUUCCGCUCCUGCCAGUCUUGCUGGCGCUGCCGUUUGUUUUUGAAAAGAGGAUCAUCGACGCGAUUUGUGAUGCGGAGGCAGCUACUUCAGGUAUUAUUGCAAGCGACACGCACGACCACACGACCAGCGUUCCAAGUCCAACCGAUAGUGCGAAGAGUUUAGUAUCCAACCGCUGCAAGAACAGCAGAAAUGCUGUCUUCAAAACUUUCGGCUUCAUUCUAUGGGGUUCUCAACUGUUACAUUCUCAACUGUUACAUGAUUUGUCACGCACCUCUACCACCAAGAUCGCCACGAUUAAGCUGCUUCGCAUGACAAAUCUCCGAAGGGCCAAGCAGCAUAUAAAUCUGUGCCAAAUUUGUAAUGCAAAAGGCGCACUCUUCCCCCUUUCACUUUCGCCUUUCUUGCAAUACAAAUUCAUGUAUACAGUUGAGAGUGUAACAGUUGAGAACGCCAUACAUUCUGUUUGCGCACUUGUCCCUGCUCCCCCUGUCCUACAAGGACCUCAACGCCCUCGCGUGGCUGCAGCUGCUUCUCCUGCUAGCCGCGAUGCUGUAUUGCGGUUUUGGGAUACUGCUGCACCCUCCUCGUCAGGCACUACACGAUUGUAGCGCACAGACAAAAACCUCCAGCCAAAAGUACAGCGUGGCAAAUCUUCUGUGGCCGGUUUUCACCAUCACCCUCGCUCUACUGAACUUUCUCCUCAUUGCGGUCGAGGCGGUCUACCGGUCCGGCAUUGUACCGGAGCUGCUGAGCGGAGUUAGUUUAUCCAGCCUUUUCGGUAGUACUUUGACAUCAAUCGAUGGUACUAUACUCGGUUUUGACCUUGCAAAUUAUACCCUGGAGAAACUGAUCACACCGCCGGAAAAAUACCCGCAUUUAUACUCCUUUCUCAACUGCAGCCUCUCCGCGGUGUUCUUCCUGGUGUUUUGGCUGGAUUUGUAUCGUAAGGAAAAAUCUCCCCUCCCCAUAUCGAAUAGGAAAUUUGUGAUGCUGAUUUGUGACCAAGCUUUGUCUUGCGUACAAGGCAAACGGUACCCAUGUGGCGCAUUGUGCAGCGAGUCUGUCAUGCGUUUUCGCAUAUGUCAGACUUGUUUCUCAUGCUCAGUUGCUAGCCGGAUGCGUAGUUAAAUGGGCUUAUUAAUAGAAGCAAUAUAUUAAUAUGCCGCCAUGCUCUUGCUGCAAUAGAAAGCUCAUUUGUGUACACAAAUCCACCAACACAAAUUGUCAUUUGGAUAUGGGGUCGGGACUUUUUUCACUUUGAUAAUUUCAUGCGGACGAACUGCUUUUGCUUCUGUCGCCCGGAGAAAUUCUUCUUCUGCUUCGGCUGCUGUUUUCUGUGCAGGAAGAGAAAGAACAAGAUGGGAAUAAACAAGCAACAAGGUUAUAUCAACCUGGCAGGGGAGAGGACGAGAACUAUCGAGGAUGCGAUGAAAAAAGCGAAAACACCGAUACCGUCGGACGACGUGGCACUGGUGAAUUUGCUGCAGAGGAACCUGUAUUUAGUGGGGGAGGAUUGAAGAUGAUGGGAAGUUCUAUGCCGAGCCCUGUUUUCUGUCAGGCUCGGGACAGGGACUCAAAUGUACACUAUUCACACGGCCUUGCGCUCGCUCUUUUCUUGCCGCACACCUGGUGACGAGAUGAAGACAAUGUUGGGUAUUGUUCGAAAAAGCUUCUCUCUGUAAUCCUGGCGUGCAAGGGAAGAGUAGAUACUGAAAUCGGCGCUGCUACGAGCAUUAUACAUUUCCGAGAAAAUGAAAAAAUCAAUGUAACUAAAACAAAAUCGCAAGAUAGUCCUGCAAUUGAUGUUGAAACUUUCAGCCGUCGCAGCAAACAUAUCUUCACUGAGCGCCGCUACCACAGCUG